CUGGGGGGGGGCAAGAGACAGCCUCUCUAGGAGAAAUAGAGACCCCUCCCCAGGAGGGAUAGAGAGAGACCCCCCCUCCCAGGAGUGGGACAGGAGACCCCUGUGGUUGGCCUUUUUGGGGUCCAGAGCCGCUCUUAAUGGGGAGGGGGUGAACAGAUCUUUGUUGCUGUUGCUUCUUAUGGGAAAGGGUUUUUUUAAGCAAGAGCCCCCUCCUCAUUUUACUCCACCUGGAAGGGGAGAGGGGGUCUCUAGGGCUGAAUGGGGGCUUGAAUCUGGGGCUCCCCAGCAGCCCCAUUAAUAGGUGUAGUGUUUAAGAUACCAGCCUAGAAAACGGGAGACUGUGAAUUCUAGUUCCGCCUUUGGCACGAAAGCCGGCUGGGUGGCUUUGGACCAGUCUGUCCUACCUCACAGCGCUGUUGUAGUGGGGAAAAUAGGAGGAAGAAGGUGUGAUGGAUACCUUCAACAACUUGAGUUAUUUUUAAAAAUAAGAAAGGCAGGAUACAAAGAAAUGAAGUCUACGUUGCCUGGAUCGGCAUUGGGGUUUUCAGAAAUGGUGGAAAUUAUCUGGCAGAUUCUCAAAAAGUAACGUUGACUUGUGCUGACUUCAUGGAUGUGUCGCCAUGGACCUCUGGGCAAAAAGGAGAAUUGGUUUCCCUUACACAGUCCUGAGCGUCUCCGGCAAUGGCUCUCUCAAAUGAACCAAGAAAAGUGGGUCCCAACCAAACACCAACACUUGUGCAGCGAUCAUUUUGCCCCUUCCUGCUUUGAGUACCGGUGGGGAGUUCGCUACCUGAAGCCCGAUGCUGUUCCCACCAUCUUCCAGACGUCGGACAGCCCACUGAAGAGGGAGAGUCCUGACAAACCGCCUUCAAACUCAUCAGCCAAGAAGCUGGCUCUCGAUUGUGAUGGAGAGGGGGGCACCCCAGCUGCCCAGACCCCGACCUGCCAGGAGCCUAACACCAUGGAGACCCUCGCCAUAGCCAUAGACCCCAGCGUGGCUGCCACGCCAGUCUACCUGGAGACCCAGUCUUCGGCUCCCACCUUGGACUUCCAGACCCUCUCUGGACCCCUGGUCGGAGCGGUGAACCUGCUUCCUCUGGUCCAAAUUGUGGAGCCCCUCAAAGCCGUCACCCUGGCGGUGGCUUCCCCCACGCCAGCCGUGGCGGGCCAAGCUUUGCAGGAGCCCCUGGAGCAGCAGGUGGUGGACUUCGUGGCCUCCCUGCCCCCUGCCUCCCUGGGAGCCUUGCCCAGCUCUUCUCUAGGGCUGCCUGGGCAACUGUGUGCCGAAGUGGCCUUGCCCUGCGAACUGGUGGCAGCGGGCGACCAGCCCUCGCUCCAGGCCCUGAUGGCCGAGCCGGCAGCGGUGGCCGAGCAGGGGGCUCUGGUGAUUGAGAACAUCUCCAUUGAGCCGUUCCUGGACGGCAGCCCCUCCGUGGCCGUCCCCAUCCUGAGCCCCCUGCAAGGGUCCACUGCCACCGAGAUGGUGGCCUAUUUCGAGACCAUCCCCACCGCCCCCGUGGCCGCUGCGGCCUCUUCCGGGGUGACGCCCCCCGAGACGGUCUUGUCCUCGGCCCUCAGCCUGCCCAUCGUCUCCACCCUGCCCAUCGUCUCCAACCAGGCCCCCCUGGAGGGCGAGGAGCUGAAGCUGGACGAGGGGAGCUCUGCCGAGUCUUCGGAGGAGCAACUGGAGGAGCACGGCUACCACCGGAACGAGGGGACGACGGCGGAGCUGGUGGAGGUGGUGAUGGGGCUGCAGAAGAAGGUGAAGGUGCUGCAGCAGAGGCACCGGCGGCACUGCGCCAAGCUGGACGCCAUGAAGAGCAUGGUGGAGCAGCUCUGGAAGGAGAACUUGGCGUCGGAGGAGAAACUGAAGCUCCUGGAGGUGGCCUGCCUGCAGUCCAGCACCUUUGCGCCAGAGAGCGGCGGCGCAGUGGCCAUCAUCUGCCAGGAGAGAGAGCAGGCCUUGGUCUACGCCGUGCCUCAGCUCCCCAGCGAAGGCAGCGAGACCAUCCUCCGGUUGGAAGAGCAGUGAGCCGGGACUGAAGGGGGGUGGGGGGCAGCUGAGAACAGGCCUUUCUGCACCUGGUUGCCCCCUCAGUCCUCCCCAGGGGGUGACCAGAGCUUGCCCCCCCCCGGAGCCUCCGGGAACCCCGGCCCAGCUAAGCAGAGCCUCUGCUGAGUGGGCUGCUUCUCCGUGGCCUUAUUGCAUCAGCACCUUCUGGUUUCUCUCUGGGGCUACUUGAGAUCAUUAUAUAUGCUGAACUUUCAGCCCUAAUCCUUCUCGGGCCUCCCAGGCUGCUAAUUUGCAUUCGCCCCGGCUGGUGUGGCCGUGGCCCAGGGUGAUGGGAAUUGUAGUGCAAAAGGGAAGCCUUAACCACCGUUCCUCCUCCCCUGCUUGUAAUUCUCGCCAGUGUUACCGGACCAGCCAGCUUCGUCUCAGUGGCCAAGAAGUGUCCUAUCCAUUUUCGGAGGUCUAGAACGUUCUGUCUGUUGGUGCUUUGUUUUUUUUUUUGAAAGCUUCAGAUUCGGUGUUUGCAAGGUGUUUUUCUUCCUGGAGGGGCUGUUGGCCUCUCCAGAUCUCUACACUGAUUCAAACUAGGUGGGAAAGAUGAUUCUGGGCUGCUGAUCCCAACUGAGCCUUUUAUGCAGAGCUUACAAUCUGAUGGGUUAUUAUGAUUAUUAUUAAGGGGUUGAAUGGAACCUGGAGAGGACAGUGAGUGAGUGUAGGAAACACAGUAAGGAGAGAGGAGAGACUCUUUUAAGGGGUCACGAAGGGAAGUGUGGAAAAGAUUGACACAUGACAACAAUUGACAAUAGGCCCCGUGAAAUUGGAAACGUACGUGUGUUUUGCAGCCACGAAACCAGCUGGAGUUGUGCGUGCCCGCCUUCUUCAACCUGGCACUCUUAACUUGCUUUAGAGUAAAUCUCAGAAUCCCAAGAUGGGGCUUUUUGUGAAUUGUAGUUCAAAAGCAUCUGGAGAAACCACCAAGCUGGACGUGAAAUUUUCAAUAGACAAGAUUUAAGAACAAUUCGAAGAGCGUUUAGACUUCUUUCUGCUUUUCCUUGUGUCCAAUUCCUGUAAUUGUCCUGAAGGCCAAAAUGUCUUGCCAGCUGGCUGCCAAAUAGGAUCCCGAGUGAGUUUUGAUCAUAGAUCCUUUCAUUGGUUAAAUCUUCAUUUUAAAAAAAAAUAAAAUACACUGGCUUCUGUGAUUAACCCAUGCGUUGGAGGAAAGAUUUAAUUAAAGAUUUUACAAAGGCAUGCCCGUCUUCCCCAGCCUGGCGGCUUUCAGAUAUGUUGGGUCUAAAAUUCCCAGCCAAGAUAGCCAAAGGAACUCUGGGAGUUGUAGUCCACCCCACCUGGAGGUUGCCCGCUGGGGAAGGCCAGGGUAAAUCUUGAGAGAAUUGAGCAGGGAUGAUCUUUUUUUGCAUGUGCUGUGUGUUUAUACAGGUCUGUAAUUUAAACAAACGAAUAAAGGGAAUCUAUCAGAAAA